UGAGACUUUUUUCUCCCCUACAUUUGUGUCGGCGGAACCGUUAUCCAUGCUCUCCGUUUCCCCACGGAAGGUGUAACAACGUACCGCAGUUCCGGGCGCAUAAAUGGAAGUCAAAAAUUCAAGUGCUGCAAUGCUCAGCAACUAUGAGGUGUUCAAACUUCUCAUAGAUCUGAAGGAACAGAGGAAAGAUGGGGGGAAGAGCAAACACAGUGCCGGGCAGCAGAACCUCAACACUAUCAUGUAUGAGACACUUAAGUACCUGUCGAAGACGCCGUCCAGCAGACAAAGUCCUGAGAUUGUCAAGGAGUUCCUCACCACCAUGAUGCCCCACAAACUCACAAAGGCAGAAAAACUUCAGCUGUUGAACCACCGACCUCAAACUGCAGUAGAAAUUCAGCUAAUGGUGGAGGAAAGUGAAGAGCGUUUGUCAGAGGAGCAGAUUGAGGAGCUCAUCCAGACCAUCUCAGACCACCUGCCCGGUGAUCCGGAGCAGGAAAAGGCAGCUGCAGAGACGGAUGAAGGUGGUGGACAGUCAUGACUCAGGGACGGGUUUAAAAUCGGACUGUAUGUGGUGGUGAGGAGGCCAAAAUAUUGUAGAACUGGGAAAAGAUGCCUUUCAAGAGCACAAAUGGUGUGGAGCACCUGACCACAGAGAAAAGGGCAUAAUUAUUCCUGUUGAUGUAGAGGCAGUCACCUGUUUAACUGCUAUGUCAAACGGAAAGCUGCUUAAAAGUCCUAAAUUAUGUGUUUUUGAAUCAUAACAGUAAACAUGGAUGUCCAAAUCCACCUUUCAUUAGUCGUAUCCUUAGUAGAUUAUAGACUUGGGCAUUUCAUUUUAUCUUUCAUUAGCUAGUUGAAUGCAACUCUGAAGCAUUUUGUUCACUUGUAAACCCAAUUAGCUUUACAAUUUCCUGUAAGACAACAUAUUUUUCUUCCCGCUGAGCUUUGAACAACUCAUUUUUGGUGCAGCUGUGUCACAGCAGGGGAAGGAUGUGUUGGUUUGGACCUUUUCUGUUUUUGGCUUCCUGUUGGUUCAUCACUGUAAUUUCCGGUGCUUUCUGGGCACCUCGCAGAGUCAGGAAAGUAAAGCAAUGUGACAUUAUUGGGGACUGGUUUUGAACUCGCCUGUGCACCAAAUGCAUUUGAUGUUGGAUUCAGCUGUCAAUUUUUUUCCCUGUGGUUCAACAUUAAAACAGUGAAUGCAGGCUCUGCUGCUGCAGAAGACCACUGCAUAAAUGUGUCUGAGUGGGGUUAAUAGAUCCCCUGCAGCUAUGUUUUCUUUCCCAAACUUCGUCACUGUGCACUAACACGCAGCUCAGAGAUGUAUCGACACACUCUUCUAUUGGCAGUGUCCAUCCACUCUUCUUUUUUCACAAACAACUUGAAACAAAAAAACUCACAAUAAACGUUUUGUAACUA